ACAUCCUUUUUGUCUUUUGCUGUUCCCCAUUCGCAUAAAUCCUCUACGAAAAUGAAUUCUAGCGCCAGGAGAGCUGCACCUGGAAGCUCGGGAAAGCCUACAUAAAUAUGGAAUUGUCUCAGUGAUAUAUCAUGUGGGGUUAACUAGAGGUUUAACCAAAGCUAAGCUUUGCUGGGCGAUAGAUAGAUGGAGCUACAGUACAUGCUAGAAUUGAAUCUUCUAUCGAUCAGGGCAGUACAAAUGGUGCGGUAGUAACCACAAUUACCUAAACCCACUGUCGGCACAGUAGAAGGGCCAAUGCUGUACAAAUCCCUUGAUUUGUUAUACAUUCGGGGUAGAAACCUCAAUCCAACCUCGAAACAAUAAUUCUUGGACGCGCUGCUAGUUUAACCACGCGGAAAGAAGUAGUAUCUCUUUGACCCCGGGGAUCUGAGAAAAUUACGGAGCCUAUCCCAUGGAAAAUGGCCCUUGUUUCGGCGACCAUAGACAUGCGAGGCGGCUGAGAUACAUUUCAUCUACUUUCCUUCCUCUCCCAGUUUCUCUCCAUUUUGUUAUUUGAGGGACACGAGAAAUGAAUCUUAUUCUUGAAUAAAAUCCGAACAUUAUAUGGAAUUUACAGGUUGAAAGAUUUCUAACACAGGAAGCAGCGUAUGAGACACUCUCAUAGUUAACUCAUCAUUCUAUCAGUUCUAAAGGUCAAGACAAGAAAGAAUGAUCUGUUUGUAUUUCGUGUUAUUAAUAUAUAAUGAAGCAUUGCCGACGUCUGAUCCGGUAAGUUAGUGAUCCGAUUGGCUACUUCGAGUCAGACUUGCUUCUUCUCAGCGCAAUCCAGCCCUGGAAGAUGCCCUGGAGUCGCUAACUCUGACGCUGGCUUCAACCUUUCAAAGGGUUGGGGCUUGAUUGGCUCGAUUGGUUUCCCGCGCCCUGCAUGGAUGUUUUUGUUAAGACAGAAUGAAUCAUGCCUGUGAACUCCCUAACCCUCAACUAGAAGAUCGAUAUCUUUUUCUGAUGGUAUACAUCUCCUGCCUGUCCUUUGGCUUGCAAUAUCUGACGGACGCUGGGUCCCUAGGGUGCGGCGCGCGCUCGGCCAUAAGAAAGCUGCAUAUGUUUAAGAAUUCUGUGCCGACGCCCGCCUCUCACUUCUUAUUUUGACAAUGGACCGUUUUGCUCUCCGAUGUUCCUGCAAUGGUCUCAAUGUUCAGGGAGAAGUAAUAAAUAAUGUUGUGUGGAGCAAUUUGCGAUUCGCUAGUGCUCGACAGGCCCCAUGGGUAUGGUUAUGAUCUAAUGAACAUGUAAAUUAGUUUUUUCCUUCUAUCCUUCUUCAAUGGACCAAGCCAAGAUCCAAGAUCCGAAGAAUUUCCUUUCCCUUUGCUGGACGUUUGCGGGGAGCUUGAUAGUCACGUGGAAAUAUGCUUGAUUAUGUUGGUUAAAUAAAUAGUUAACCAGUUAACGUAGAUUCUUCUUGCUAAACAUCAAUGACUAGACCGCGAUAAUAGGGAGCAGGGCGGGCUGGAUCGCAAGGUGCAGCCAUCAUGUUCUACGAUCUGAAUGUUCCUUACGCGCCCAACGACUCUGAAAUACCUAACACCCUUGCUUUCCUCUCCGAACUCGGCUACACAACCAUAGCCCUCUCCCAAUCCGUCUCUGGAAAACUCCCGGCAGACCUCUCUCCGCCCCCUCUCCCCGCCAACCCCCCCAAAUCCCUCACCCUCCUCACCCGCAUAACCGUCAACGUCUCUGACCCCUCCCAAAACCAGCGGCUCACCCCUCUCGCACAACAAUACUCCCUCAUCGCCCUACGACCCCUCAAUGAAAAGUGCCUCACGCUCGCCUGUAACAGUCUGGAUUGUGACAUAAUUUCCCUUGACCUCUCCUCCCGCCUCCCUUUCCACUUCAAAUUCAAAACCCUCGCAGCUGCCAUCGCGCGCGGCGUCCGCUUGGAGAUCUGCUACGGCCCCGGCGUAACGGGUAGUGGCGCGGAGGCGCGCAGGAAUCUGAUUGGGAAUGCCGCGUCGUUGAUACGCGCGACGCGUGGGCGGGGGAUUAUUAUCUCGAGCGAGGCGAAGAGGGCGUUGGGGGUGCGGGCGCCCUUUGAUGUGAUCAAUUUGGCCUGUGUGUGGGGGCUUACGCAGGAAAGAGGGAAGGAGGCACUGUGUGAUGAGGCGAGGAAGGUUGUGGCGUUGGCGGGGAUGAAGCGGAGGAGCUGGAGGGGGAUUGUGGAUGUGGUGUAUGGAGGAGAGAAGCCAGUGAAGGAGGUCAGGGAAACGAAGGAUAAAAAUGGUAACAAGAAUAAGAAUAGGGGUAGGAAGGAUGAAGGGGAUAGGAGUGGGGUGAAGAGGAAGGCUGAUACCGAGACUGAGUCGAAUGCUGAAUCCCAGGCGCCGUUGUCGAAACGUGAGCUGAAACGAAGGGCCAAGCGGGCAAAGCUUCAGGGGUCGGGUUCUAAUGAUAAUUCGACAGCGUCCCCGAUGCCUGAUGCAGGAUAAAACAUAAUGACCUGCUUGUAUUUUUUUUCUUUCUCAUUUUCUUUCUUACAUUCUUAGGGGUUUGGCGUUGCUGUUAAUAUGGUAUUGUAAACUACCGGAUAGACAUGUAUAACUUGAAUGGAUAUCGGAAUCCUACAUAGAACUGGGUUAAACCGACGGUGCGGCAAAGCAAAAUUUAAUAAUGUAAUGAAAUAAAAAGCGGAAGGGCUACAAUAUAUAAAUGGAAGUAGAUCAUGAUCCACAGCAUUAAAAAGUAGGAAGAUAUUAACCCAACUACCAGAUAGUAGGUAUACAAUUUCAACGAACACCUUAAAAAAAAGGGAAAAAAAUAUGGAAAGAAAAGCGCAAGACCUGC